GGAAACCUCAUGCAGCGGGUAUUGGCCUCCCUUUGCGGAGUGCUCCGCUGCGGCGCGGACGAGCUCUGCUGCUCCUCCCUCCUCCUUUGACCAUGGCGUUGCUCAGCAGUUGACGUUGGGUUUUUCCCCUUUCUACCUUCUCUUUUUCCACUCCCUUUCUUUUCCCCUGUCCCGGGUCCCGGCUCAGGCACGUAGACGGCCGGUACCGGAGACACCGGGUCCCCAUUCCCCCUCCCCCGCCCCCUGGAACAGGCGGUAGGAGUCGGGCCGGGCAGCUGCCGAAGGCACCAUGAACAUCAUCAUCGGCAUCGGCGGGGUCACCAACGGAGGCAAGACCACCCUCACCCGCAAGCUGAGGCAGGCCCUGCCCAACUGCAGUGUGGUGCACCAGGAUGACUUCUUCAAGCCCCAAGAUGAAAUAGAAGUUGAAGAUGGGUUUAAGCAGUAUGAUGUGAUUAGUGCAUUGGAUAUGGAAGCUAUGAUGAAUACCAUCAACGCUUGGAUAAAAAACCCAGUGAAGUUUGAACGUUCUCAUGGGAUCAACAACACGCUGGAUGCCCAGAUCUUGCAAGAUAAGGAAGGAGGAGAUGAAACAAUCCACAUUCUUAUUGUUGAAGGCUUCCUACUUUACACCUACAGGCCACUGAUUGAUGUAUUCCACCACCGAUACUUUCUUUCCAUUCCAUAUGAAGAGUGUAAGAGGAGAAGAAGUUCAAGGAAUUACACUGUACCAGAUCCACCUGGAUUGUUUGAUGGCCAUGUUUGGCCUAUGUAUGUAAAGCACAGGAAGAUAAUGGAAGAUCUGGGAGUUGAUGUGGUGCACUUGAAUGGAACGAAAUCAAAGGAGGAACUAUUUAAUGAUGUGUAUGGACAGAUCCAGAAUAAGAUCGAAGAAUUACUUAACAUGCAGAAAUGAAAGGCUGAUUCUUGUGAGUGAAGAUGAUUCCCAUGUGCUCUGCGCUGUCUGCCCAACUGCCACUGAAGUUUCAGCUUCUGUGAAGACUCAACUCUUUAAAUUCGACUUUUUUCAUAUGGUCACAAUUAAAAAGCACUUCCCCCUUGUCUGUCAUCUUAA